AUGGUUCAUAAUGGCUAUGGUUCUUCCAAAAUAACUCUAACCGAAGCCUUAAAUGCAAUCAACGAAGCUGCUUUUGAGAGGACCAGGUAUCCGUUAUUCAUACGACUGGAACUCCAUCUCGAUAUUGAAUGGCAGCUGGUGCUUGUCAAUUUACUCUGCGAGGUUUUCGGAAAUAAGCUUUAUCGGCCACGCAGCGACCCCGUGGACUGGGUGAACGGGCAGCGCCGACCAACACCUAAAGACUUCCAGAUGAGGAUUAUUCUUGUGGUAAGUCUUCUUCUGAGCUAUGAAAGUGCAAUGUAA